AUGCCUGUCAAGUCGGAGUGUUCGUUUCGGGAACGGACGCAAGAGUUCCUGGCAAUUUCUGAGAGGCUGAAGAAGUUUAUCCCACAACAGUCCAAUGGGUCGAGCAGCAGUGGGACAAAGUUGGAUUCGCUUCAAUCUACCGUCUCCAUUCAGUCAGAAUUCAACAAGAGAGCUUCGAAAAUUGGGCUCGGGAUCCACCAGACCUCCGAGAAGCUCUCAAAGCUCGCCAUGUGUAAGAAAACUAAUCGAUCAUCGUCUCUUCUCUCAGAAUCAAAACUUUUUGGGCUCUGCCAGGGAAUGACGCGCCUCUUAGAAACUUGUGCAUGUGAAGAGUUCUCGAAUCACAUCAUGAUAUCUGCCAAAAAUUUCUCCAUUUCUUUGCAUGUGGUUGAUUUCAAUUCUGUCAUGAAUUACCAGAAAGCUAGGAACAUCACUCGGCGAGGAAGAUCCGUCUCAGUUGGAUGAUUUUUAUUCUAAGAAUCCUCUUUAACAUACAAUGCUACAAUAUCUUUUCCCAUUUCCAUGGAUACAUCACAAGUCGCAAGGAGAUCAUAUGCUCUGAAUGGGGAAGCUUUUCUUGACAGUGCCGGCUCCACUUUUUUAGGGUUCUUGUGAUAUUCCACUGGGCGCUUUCUCUUCAUUCCGGAGAAGUCUUCUUCCCUGAGGAAUGCAUUCUUAUUUUAAAAACCAUUUAUAACCUGCUCCUCGAAGAAGUUUAUUUUUUGCUUCAUCCUAAUGUUUCAAAAAUACAGCAUAGCCGAUGAUUCCAAAUUUUUCGUGUAAUUUCUGAGGUGAGGGUAUCAAUGCCAACUUUGGUCCAUAAAUUAUAUCAUUUUCCGGGUCGUCUGGCAAUUUUGCUUAACCUAUUAUCAUUUUGUUAAUUCUUCCUCGUUUUGGUGUAUUUUCUAAAAAUCCAGUGGCUAAGAGGACUGGCACUUACGAUGAUCCAGCCGUGGAGAUUCAAGAACUGACAGCUAUAAUUAAGCAGGACAUAACCUCUCUGAAUUCUGCGGUGGUAGAUCUUCAGCUGCUCUACAAUUCACAGAACGACAGCGGAAGCAUUUCCGGCGACACAACUACCCAUUCAACGACGGUGGUUGAUAAUCUGAAGAACCGCCUGAUGAGUGCUACAAGAGAGUUCAAAGAAGUCCUGACCCUGAGAACCGAAGUAGGGUCAAGUGGCUGCCACAUGUUGAUUUUCUGUGGUUAUUUGAUUAAUUUAGGCUUUGAAUCGUGUUCUUCAUCACAUUACCACAGAGAUUAAAGGUUCAUGAGAACAGAAAACAGAUGUUCUCUAGCAAAGAUUCUUCCAAUCCUUUCAUCCGACAACGGCCUCUUGCUUCAAGAUCUUCCUCAAACUCUGCCGCAUCUGACUCAUCGUCAAACGGGGCAACCUCGACAUCUUCUCAGUUAUUUCCCUGGUAAUGGAAACCGUUCUCAUCAGAACUUCACUAUGAUGGAAGAUCCGGAGCAUGGGUUUCAUGGCUGAUAGCAUAAUUCCUCCCGUUUGUGUUCUCAGGAGGCAGACGACUGAACUGCCCUCUUCAUCAUCUCAGCCAUUAGUCCCCCGGCAUCGCCAGCAGCCGCAGCAGCAGCAGCUGAUCUCUCCAGUUCUUCAAGAUAGCUACAUGCAGAGCAGAGCUCAAACCCUUCACAGCGUCGAGUCAACAAUUCAGGAGCUGGGCAGCAUCUUCACGCAGCUGGCAACCAUGGUUUCUCAACAAGGAGAGCUUGCCAUCAGGUUCCCUCCUCCUCUAUCCUUCCAUGGUCAAUCUUCUACCUCCCACCCCACCCUCCACUGGGCACUCCGCUGAAUGCUGCUCUCCUCGUCCCCGGAUCAAUAGGAUCGACGAGAACAUGGACGACACUCUGGGCAAUGUGGAGGGAGCCCAGGGCGCCCUGCUGAAGCACCUGAUGAAGAUAUCCUCCAACAGGUGGCUCAUGAUCAAGAUCUUCUUCGUCAUGGUUGUUUUUCUGAUGAUUUUCCUAUUUUUCGUUGCUUAA